GUGCCAAACUCCUGAGAGCCGCGUCUUAAAAGAUCAUGAGACGGUUUGGACGGCGGACACCUCGAAAAGAAGAUAUGUACGGCUGCUUUAAAGUUCACCCGAGUUUCCGAGAAACGACCGACACAACUCGUCGGUUUAUUUUCAACUAAGGUCGAAUUUAGCUAACGUGGGAGGACCGCACAAGAAACAACUUGUGCCCGAGCCGAGCCGUACCUGAAGCGGGGAGACGACGACGGAGGUCGGCGCCAAAAGAAGCGUUCAACACAGCAGGUUUUACAUUUUACAGACCCCGAGUAGUCGCCAUUUAGAGUAGUCGCUGCAAUGCUGAAACUGUGCGUACAGAGAGCUCUCCCACCGGCGGUACAGAAGUUGCCGCCGGGGCUGAGGCGGGCACCGGUGGCGGUGAUAGCGCCGAGGCUGCCGGGAACACCGAGCCGCUGUUUGGGAACACACGGGAGGAACGAGCCGAGGGAGCCGCUCAACUCCCCCAAGAGAGCCAAAGAGUUUAUCUACCGCCUCCAGCCGAAGGAGAGGACGUGUUUACUGAAGGAGCUGCAGAGUUUCGAGUCCAUAGCCAUCGCUCAAGAGACCCUGGAGCCCUCGCCGCCGACUGCAGCCCAGAUCAGAUAUGUUUUGUUCCACAACGCCCUCCCCUUUGUUGGAUUUGGUUUUCUUGAUAAUGCCAUCAUGAUUGCAGCAGGAACACAGAUUGAACUCUCUAUCGGAGUCACUCUGGGGAUCUCCACCAUGGCUGCGGCGGCUCUGGGGAACCUGGUUUCGGAUUUGGCAGGUCUCGGUCUUGCAGGUUACGUUGAGUCUCUGGCUUCCAAACUGGGGAUGCAGGUUCCAGAUCUGACACCCAAACAGGUGGACAUGUGGCAAACCAGGCUCAGCUCUCACAUGGGUAAAGGCAUCGGAGUGUCCAUCGGCUGCAUUCUGGGGAUGUUCCCGCUGCUUUUUCUGGGCGACGAUGAGGAGGACGACAAAGAAGCAGAACCCCGCGGCGACGCGCCGUCGCACUCUUCCUAACGAGCUGCACAACACCGUCACACCUACAGACUCAAUACUGCUGAUGUCCACUCUGCUCAGGCAGCGUUCACACUCCCUCGGCCUCGCGACGCUCUCAACAUACUUGUGUAAAUUCACUGGCUGAUUAUUGAGCUGCAUCACUUCUUUUUCUUUUCACGCCGUCUGCUCCAUCAACAUAUGACGUCUGCUAAUUCAAUAUGGCGGUUUAAUUGGAGGAGUCAUCACAUCUGAUUCUAUCAUCGUUCUGUGUUUCAGCUUCAUCUCUUCACAUUUUGUAGGUGUAACAGCAGCAUGAGCACAGGACGGUUAGAAAGUUGGCAAACUGACUCAGCAGUGUCGGCUCUAUCUGUUCAUGUAGGUUAUUUAUAAGGAACAGUGCAGCUGCCUGCACACUGAGGCGCUUCAGUGUUACACUGAUGGUUUCUGCACAACUAGAAACUGACAGAUGCAAUCAGACAAGUUUAUAACACUAUGAAUUAAUUCAUCUUUAAAGCUACAAAUGUUCAGAAGCUCCUGUGUACCUGAAGUUCGCCACCAUUGGUCCUAUCAGACCAAGUCAGUGAGGCUGUAGUGAGAGAAAUAAACUGAGCAACAGUGUGAUUUAUAGCUUCUGAAAAAGCUAAAAAAAGUUGAAAUGAUUUCUCUUCAAAGCUUUUCUCGGAUCAGCUGGUUUUGGGCUUGUUCGGUGCUCCUCUGCACCGAAGGCGUCCAGACACUCGGAUCAUGUGAUCAGAGCUGCACGGCAGGUGGAUGAAAUGUUUCACAACCAUCUAGUUUUUUUAUCAGAGGGAUCGAUGGUGUUUGAUCUGUUCUUCUCUUAAUGAGGCCGGUUGUUUGUCAGUGGAGUCCAGUCUUUUAUUUCCGUCUCAGUUUUGCCUCGCUGUUGUGAACGCUGUCGGAGUAGCUCGCAGGAUGGGAGGAGCUCACCUGUCUCACCACCUGUGGACAGCAUCUGGGGUUUGGAUUCCUCCUCUUUGUAAAAGUCAUCUUCAGCUGCUGAUCACAGCAGGUGUUAAACAGCCUCUCCUUUCCCUCGGAGGGCUGGUGUGAGGUGGUGAGCUGGUUUGCCAGGCAGCAGUGCAGGAACCUGCAGGUGAGACUGGUGGUUGUUUCCCAUCCUGACAGCAGAAACACAAACAUACAGACGCACUUAUCUCACACGUGUAGCAGCUUUUCCUCUUCAGCUGACAGUUUAUACGUUUGAAGGCUUCAUCUCUGAAACACAAACGAUUCUCAUAACAUCAGCUGAGCAAACACUCAGUCCCUGCACUGAGAGUCAUGUGCAUCGAACAGUGUAAAUAAAAUAAAGGAACAGUGUCCACUGCUACCUCGAUGGGAAUAUUUUAGCUGUUUUGCAUGAAGAACUGAUGUAGCUCCACGAUCAGACUUUUUAUUUCCGUAUUUGACAGUUUUUAAUACGCUGGAAGUCUUCGGAUGUUUGGACGGGUUGAUGAACGAAGCAGAAACUGAAGUUGCUAUUUUCAGUUUUUUCUCCGCCGCCGUUUUCUUUUCUGUCUCUUUCACUCCUUUCUCUCUCGCAGACACUUUUCUCGGGUCCAGCCGUCUGUGUAAUUACUUUUUUAGCUCGUGUUUCGUCAGACUUGAAGGUCCAGAUGGUUCGGAUUUGCCACAUAAGAACGUGGAGUCCAAAACAUUUUAACCAAGGAGGUUUUCACCGAUCUCUGUGACUUAAACUUCUCUCUCUCCCUGUAUCUCUCUCUCUCUCUGUCUCUCUCUCUCUCUCUAUGUCUCUCUCUAUAUAUAUAUAUCUCUCUCCCUCUGUCUCUCUCUCUCUCUCUCUCU